CGAAACUUGAGAGAUAAAAAAAAACAAUAAAGGAUGAUGAUUCGGAGCCAAUCUUUUUUCUUCUUCCUUCUUUCCCUUAUAUUCAACACUCUUGCUUCUCCUACGCUCCAAAGGGAUGCUCUUUUGGAGUUCAAAAAUGAGUUCUUCGAUGCAUCUGACCCACAUGCUCCUUCUGAAGCCCGUUUAAGUUCGUGGAACACGAGCAGUGAUCACUGUUCAUGGAAAGGUGUCACAUGCAACCCUAAAUCCGGUGAGGUGAUAUCACUCUUCCUUGACAGCAUCUUUCUCAAUGGGUCUUUGAAAGCAAACACUAGUUUGUUAAAACUCCAACAUCUUCACCACCUAACCCUUUAUAAUUGCUCUCUCAGAGGAGAGAUUCCUUCUUCACUAGGAAACCUUUCUCAUCUCAGAGAACUUGACCUCUCUAUUAAUGAGUUGGGAGGUGAAAUUCCAUCUUCAUUAGAAAACCUUUCUCAUCUAUUGCAGCUUGACCUCUCUUGCAAUAAGUUGGGAGGUGCAAUUCCAUCUUCACUAGAAAACCUUUCUUAUCUCAGUCAUCUCACCCUUUCUUUCAAUGAUUUGGUAGGUGAAAUCCCAUCUUCAAUAGGAAAUCUUUCUCACCUCAUAGACCUUGACCUUCAUGGAAAUAACUUGGUAGGUGAAAUUCCAUCAUCACUAGGAAACUUGUCCCAUCUCACAACUCUUAUUCUUGCUGAUAAUCACUUGAUAGGUGAAGUUCCGUCUCUAAUUGGCAACCUAAACCAACUAGGAGUUGUAGACUUUUCCUCAAACAACUUUAGUGGUAACAUUCCUAGUUCAUUUGCCAAUUUAAACAAGAUGUCCAAAUUAUCUCUCUCAGAUAAUCAAUUCUCUGGUGGAGAUUUACCUCUCAUACUGUCAAAUUUAACCAGCUUGUCUGAAUUAGACAUUUCCGAUAAUCACAUCAAAUCCAAGCUUCCAUCUAACAUGAGUGGACUCCAUAACUUGGAGCAUUUUUUAGUGGGAGGAAACUCUUUUGUCGGGAAUUUCCCUGCAUCCCUGUUUACGAUUCCUUCUCUACGAUGGGUUUAUUUGAGUGAAAACCAAUUCGAGGGACCCUUAAAGUUUGGAAAUACAUCAUCGUCUGAGUUAGAAUGGCUAGGCCUUGCUUCUAACCACUUCUACGGACCAAUCUCAGAAGAUAUAUCUCGACUUCUCAAACUCGAUACUAUAGAUCUUAGCAAUAACAGUUUCAUUGGACCAAUCCCUGGAUCUAUGUCCCAAUUAGUCUCCCUCGUGAUUCUAGAUCUCUCUGACAAUAGGUUGGAAGGUCAAGUACCAAGUUUCUUGUGGAGGCUAGACCAGUUGAUGCUUUCUCAUAAUUCUUUCAGCAGCUUUGAGGAAGUUGUCGUUAACGGAAGUCACUCUGAUCUUGUGUAG